AUGCCUCCCAAGACUGUCAAGGGAGAAUACAUAGAAACCGACACCGGAAACAAAGUAUCUCGCCGGUCCCAGGUGCAUGGGACCCAACACAUCAUUCUCGGCGGCAAGACCGUCAUCCAAGCCGACGUGUGUAUCCGCGGUGACUUGUUCCGCCAACAGUCUGAACAGCAAGUUUCCAGCUCCUCCAAUCCAGCCCCAGCUAGCCCCGCGGUUGCCGUCUCAAUUGGUCGCUACACAUACCUCUCACGCUCCUGCCUGCUCCGCCCACCGUCGCGUCUACACCGUGGCGUGCAUUCAUUCUACCCGUUAAAGAUUGGAGACCAUGUGUUUGUGGGGGAGAAAGCAGUGGUGGAGGCGGCUAGUGUGGGAAACCAUGUGCAUAUUGGUAGAGAAGCGGUGAUUGGGUCUAUGGCUAUUUUGAAGGAUUUUGUUGUAGUGCUAGAUGGCGCCGUGGUACCACCGGGAAUGGUAGUUCCGAGCUGGUGUGUCGUCGGAGGUAGGCCAGCUAGGGUUGUUGGGGAGAUCGGAGAAGGCUAUGGUGUUGAAGGGGGAGAAGGGGGACUGGCAAGAGAGAGAUACAGGAAUGUCGGGAAAUGA